GAUCUAGAGAGAACUAAUAAUAUUGAGUAUAAAGAAAAUUUAUAUAUUAUAUAAAAUAUUAUUGGAAAUCAUAAGUAAUGUUGGAAUCAGAACAAUUUCAUCCCAAUGAUCCUAAAGAAAAAGAAACUGAAAGAAGAAAAACGAAGCUGUUGUUUUUGGCAAAAAUUUGCACUGAAAAGGUAUGUAAUGGAAACCAUCAGGGUCGUAAUCACCAAGAAAGUACUCACAAUGCGUAAAUCAUUUUCGACGCCUGAUUUGUUUCGAGGAAAUAAUAAUGACUUUGAAAUCAAACUAUCACAUAACCAAAUUGCUAAUGCUGAAAAAUCUAUAGCAAAUCUUAUUAGAGAUUUUACUAACAUAUCAGUAGACAUGCAUCGUCUAGAAAGUCGCUAUAUUGAUCUUUGUAAUACACUUAAUGAUCUUGCUGCUUUUGAAAGUCCAAUGUUCAGUAGAUGUUUAAAAGGUGUAUGUAAACACUUACAUGACACAGUUAGAGCACUUAAAGAUCACACUGAAGUGAUACAAAACAAGGUUAUUUUACAUCUUUCUGAAAAUAUUGAUGACUGUGAUACAACUCGACAUUAUUUAAAAAAAUAUACUGGAGAAAAAACAAAAAGAAAAGAAAAUACCUCAGAAAGCCUUGUAAUUACCCAACAAAUGGAUGAACUUAAUAAAAAAAUGGAGCAUUUUGAAAAAGGAAAAAUUGAUUGUUUGCAUACUUGUUUUAAAAGAUUUAUUCAUAGUAGUCUUGCUUAUCACAUUAAAGGUGUUGAAAAUAUGACAGAAGCUUACAAAGCUCUUGCUCAAUUAAACAAAUAUGACCAUUUAGACUAUAUGAAUAAAAAGUUGUUACCGUCAGCUGACAAAGUUCGAUUAGAAUUUGUGUGUCGUAAUUCAAUUCGUAGAUAAAAAAUGUUAAAAUUUAUUUUAAAAUAAAAUUCUCUCUAUUAGUACAA